ACGGUCGAGGAGGAUAGUUCGGCGGUCGAUGUCGGUGAUCCGGCGGAAGACAGGCUUGAACCGGCGGAGGACGGUGAUGGACCGUCGUAUGUCUAGAUUAGGGUUUUUCCCUAGGAAUCUUGCUCUGAUACCAUGAAGAAAAUAAUAAGAGGGAAAAUAUUCUUAGAAGAUAAUAUACUCAGAGUAUAUAGAAAUGGUAAGAAAUUAUUCUAACAUAACUCUCUAUAUAUAUAUUCCACUCCCUCACUUCCCUUUUUUGUUAUCCCCUCCUCAAACAUCAAAUUCCCCUGCAUCAUUACAAUGGCGUCCAUUCCCGCCCUCAUUUUCCUCCUCGCGCUCCUAAUCGCCGGCGCCGAGUCGAGAAUCCCGGGGAGUUACUCCGGCGGCGCGUGGGAGACGGCGCACGCGACAUUCUACGGAGGGAGCGACGCGUCAGGGACGAUGGGCGGCGCGUGCGGGUACGGGAACCUGUACAGCCAAGGGUACGGCGUGAACACCGCCGCCCUCAGCACCGCCCUGUUCAACAACGGCCUCAGCUGCGGCGCGUGCUUCGAGAUCAAGUGCGCCGACCCCAAGUCCUGCGUCGCCGGGAACCCGUCGAUUCUGAUCACCGCCACCAACUUCUGCCCCCCGAACUUCGCCCUGCCCAACGACCACGGCGGGUGGUGCAACCCGCCCCGCUCCCAUUUCGACCUUUCCAUGCCUAUGUUCCUUAAGAUCGCCGAGUACCGCGCCGGCAUUGUUCCCGUCAGUUAUCGCCGGGUGGCAUGCCGUAGGCCAGGUGGCAUAAGAUUCAUGAUGAACGGGCACCAAUUCUUCAACCUGGUGCUGGUGACCAACGUGGCAGGGGCAGGUGACGUGGUCAAGGUGUGGGUAAAAUCGUCAAAGACCAGCUGGAUUGAGCUCACCCGCAACUGGGGGCAAAAUUGGCAAACCAGUGCAAAUUUAGUCGGUCAAACACUAUCCUUUAGAGUCAAAGCCAGCGACCAUCGCUCCUCCACGUCAUGGAAUGUGGUCCCCGCCAAUUGGCAGUUCGGUCAAACCUUCGUGGGAAGAAAUUUCAGGGUCUAAUAGUAAUUUCCUUUUCAAUGCAUAUUUAAUCCUUAGAUUAUUAUAUUACUUUUAUGGUAAGUCAAAAUUAGAAUGAAUAUAGACAUAUAUAUUAUGUCUAUUUUCAUUCAACUUUUGGUGUAUCAUAAAAGUUACGAUAGUCAAUUGAAUAUGGAGUUAAGCAGUAUAAUUAUACUUAACUCAAAAGUGUGACUAUGAAAAAGAGCUUCUUUUUUUAUCGUCUCUUUGCCAUAAUAGAUAUACUCCGUAUUUAAUAUGUUUUAUUUCUGUGUGAUCUUUUAUUGAUUUCUGGAAAAGUGUGAAGAAGACGAGAAAAGGAGAGUGAUUAUAGUAAAAAUUUUGAGAAAAUUGUGUGUUCUUGUGUGUCUUUGUUGGUUCUUGUGUUCU